UCAGAAUGCGCCGUUGCCCCUCGCAACACUGCCGAGCAAACGCUGACUAGCAAGGAUGCAAAAAAGCGAUUGAGUUAGAGCUGGCUAAGAAAAAUAACGAGAUAAACAGGAAAUAAUGCGUAAAAUAAAUAUCGACACACUGUGGGAUUUGGCUGCAAAUGAGGUCCAGGCCAGAGAGAAAAGAACUAAACGUAAUCAGGAGGAUGAUGAUGAUGAUGAGGAGGAGGAUGAUAAUAGGGAAGAUGGCCAUGCUCCCUGCGAGAGGACGGUUUUCUUUUUAGGCAGUAAAAAUGGGGGUAAAACAACAAUACUGUUCAGGUGUAUUGACAGAGAUGAAGCCCCCAAACCAACCAUGGCUUUAGAGUACACGUUUGGUAGGCGAGCAAGAGCACACAACACACUCAAAGAUGUAGCUAACUUGUGGGAAUUGGGAGGAGGCACAUCAUUAUCAGAUCUUGUGCAGAUACCUAUCACUCCUCAGAACCUCAGCACAUUGUCUGUGGUGUUAGUGUUGGACUUGUCUAAGCCCAAUGCACUCUGGGCCACCAUGGAGAAACUCCUUCAUGCAGCCCAAAACCAAGUGGAAAAGGCAUUCACUAUAAACCCCAAGGGGGCAGGAGAGUCCAGGCCCAGCAAACAGCUAAGUCAAAGCAGAACAUUGUGUAUCCUCCCUAAAGAUCACCCAGACCGAGAGCUCAUCAGCCCCUUUCCUGUCCCUCUUCUUAUGAUUGGUAGCAAGUUUGAUAUCUUUCAGGACUUUGAGUCAGAGAAGAGGAAGGUCAUUUGUAAGACCAUGCGUUUUCUGGCUCAUUACUAUGGUGCUUCCUUGGUGUUCACCAGCAGUAAAUCAGAGACAACUAUGUCUAAAGUCAAGAAUUUCUUCAAUCAUCUAGCUUUUGGGACUGAAAGAGGGAAGUACAUGUCUACAGACCACAGCAAACCUCUCCUAAUUCCAGCAGGCAUGGACUCUCUCAGUCAGAUAGGGUCUGUUGAUGUUGAUUUUGAAACACUCCAUGCUAAAACUCCACUGGACCUGUGGCAAAAAGUUUUUGAAAGGUUUUUUCCUCCAGAGAGCACUAAUGAACGCAAAGAAGUGAAAGAUCCAGCCAAAGACCCCCAGUACAGUGAGCACCUUAUAGAUGCCAUGAGAGCACAGAAAGACCAGGAGUUGGCGCAGUAUAAGCGAGAACAGGCAAAGUCAUGGAAAAGCCUGGCCUUGGAGACUUAGAGCUGCAGAAACAUAUACCAGAAACUUAAUCUUAAAGUGUGUGUGUCUAUGUAUGUAUGUAUGUGUAAAUAUAUAUACACUUCUCUUGUGGGAUGUGUGUAUAUAUAAAAUCAAUGACACACAGUAAGAAAUGUUUUUGAGUUUAAUUACAUGUGUAAUCUGUAUAUACAAUAUAUUUUUAGACACAAAAUCUUUUAUUAAGUAGUUCAUUCUGUUGCAGAACAUUUUUCAAAAUGACUGGUGCCCCCAAGAAUGGUAAAGCAUGUCCUGGUGAAAAUAAACUCCUUUGUCACAUGGGCCACCUGCAAUAAAAUAUCCAAAUUUUUUAUUAAUGAAAA